GACUGAAGUUGCUCUCCUCUCUUUUAAUCUCCAUAAUGGAGAAAAGAAAAUGAAUGAUACCACAGCUAAAGACAGAAAGCAAAACAGAAGGCUUGACAACCUGCUAUUAGACGUUACUCAAGUCAACAAGACAGUGUAUUUGCUAAAGUCCCAGAUAGAAGCCAUAGCUGUCGUAGGAUUCAAUGGUAAACCAGUGCAAUAUAACGAUUAUACAUAAUGAGUUUGGACAACUGUCAUUCGUAGCAUCCUCUGCUAGGGUAAGGCUGCAGCAGCCCUGCCCUGAUAUCAGUUGGCAAUGACACUCUAAUGCCAAGGAAAUGUCCACAUAUUGACCCAAAAUAACACAUCAUUUUAGUCUGUUGUUUAUCAAGCAACGUUUUUCUUUUUUAUUCUUCAUUGUCAGGUCACGGUAUACUAGUGUAAUUAACUAGCUAGCAGCACGAUAGUGAUUUAGAAUGGUACAGAAAGCCUGAUACAUUUUGCAAUUUUAUAACGCUUGGCGGCACUAUCCUAUUAUUUUAUCAGAGGCUUUUGGGUAAGUUUACAGAUUAGCUCCACCUACCUGCCUUCCGUCUGACUUGUCACAGCAAAGGUUAUGAAUGUGAGGUGACAAGUAUCUGCUAAACAGUGAGUAAACCAUUUAGCAGUGAAGUGGGACCUGGCACCCCAGACUCCAGACACCAUAACCACUUUAAUCAAUUGAAGUAGGUAUGGUGCCUACAGUGUUUCUGUAAUGAAAGCAGGAAUUUGAAUGAUUCAAUGAUGAAACCACCAUGGAGAAUUCUGUGAAUUCAUUGAUUUCACUUGGACCAGCAUAAAUCAUUUAUAUGUAACCUGAAAAACAGGCAAACCUUCUUCGAGCUAGAGAUAUGGAUCUAUCUAGAUAAACUACCUUAUAAAACAUGAUGACUUGAUAUGUAUAUUAAAUUCAGUGGUAAGUGGCAGAUAAAAUAAGUUAGAUUUUCAUUACAUGUUUAUACAAGUGAGAGGAUUAUUACUGUUUCAGGCUUGUCUUAGUGAGUUGAAACUUCCCAUUUGUUAUAUUGUUAUAGUAUCUUAACUGUUGAUUAAAGGGGCACGCUAAGGAUAGUGGUUAUCCAAACAUAUUUAGUCAUUUGAAAAGCUUAUUCAGCAAUGUUAAAUCCAGACCUGUCCAGGAUCCAGGAUCCUGGUAGGUGUUCCCCAUACAAUUUGUAGUCUGGUACCCCUGUAGUUACAGUGAUAAAAGCAUACAACCUUCAAUAGCAAUGAUAGGUAAAAAGAGACAGGGGUGAUGAAGUGGUUAUAUUGGUAGUGGUUAUGGUGCUUAAGUUUCCAUGAACCAACUGCAUGUGAAAAUUGUAAACUUAACACUACUGCUGUAAGAGCCAUUUUAUCUAAAAAAAAACGGUCCCACUUAUUUACCUUUCUAUAUAUUGACAAGUUUAUUGAGUCUGAAAAACCCACUUUAACAAUUCUGCACUCACAUUUAUGCUAUGUUUGUUUCUAGAGUCCUACAGCAGCAUUCUAAAGUCCUACUUAGAGUCUACGGCUGCUGAAAGAAUUGCUAAUGGCUCUGUAUCAGGACCCGGAAGUCCUGUUUUCCAAUCUCGGCAAACACGUCUAGAAACCGAGAAACAUCUGAAGGACAAGCUGGAUGCCUAUAGAAAAAACAUGACCGCACAGAAGAGCUCCCUGAAAGAGCUUCAAAAAAAGGUUCAGGAUCUGAAUGUCAACCAUAUCAAUGUGAAGGUACUACUUACGCUUCUAGUUUAUAGCAUGCACAGCAAGUCUCAACUGCAGCUUCACUGCUAAGACUUGUUUCUGAAAAUUCCAUAAUUAUUAUACUGUUGAUAGUAAAAAAUACAACUACUCUAAUAGCUGUUUGUUCUUCCUUUUAAAGAUUUGUGGAGCGCCCGGCGACCAGCCAUGCGAUCAAGCACCAUGCGGUGGAGCUAACUGCAGAGACGAUGAAGGCCAGAGAAAGUGUGGUGGGGAGGGGUGUAAUGGAGCUGUGCCAAUCUCUACCAAGGCUCUCAAAAAUGCUCAAAAUGCAACAAUUGCACUAGAAAACAUGGCUAAUCAGCUCAAUGACAUAUCCCAAAAGGUAUUAAAAGGUGUUCUAUAGCAUUAUUCCUGUUGCAUUACACACAUGGAUGUUUUAGCACAGGCCUUCCCGAUAGCUUGCCAGUUUAUCCCCUCAAUUACCUCCCACAGGUCGGUUCCUACUAGUCUGUAUAGCAAAGGUGUCCCCAUUCCCCUGAUUCAGAGCUAAUGUGUUGAUAUAGUAGUGUUAUUAGUUUGGUUUGAGAUGUUUCCUCAAAACAUAGUUUCUCAAAUAAUGUCAAUUGUUCUCUGCAACAGCACGGAUCUUUUUUGUCAGGAGUCAUUGGGGAAGGGAUUCUCUCAAGGGUGUAUUUUUGCACUGUUUGAUCCCAGAUCUGAAUGGAGUUUAGGAUGGUUCGGGCAGGUGGUUCUCAGGCAGGCUCUAUGGGCUUUAGGGACCCAGAUAUAGAACUGGGGUAAGUCAGUCCCUGUUAAUAAGGAUUCUAUGUCUGCCUAUAUUCUGAGUUCUAAGGGAGAAUGCCAGUGUACAAUUUGCGCUAAUUGUGCUGCGAGGUAGUAGUAAUAUAAAUGGAGUAGUCCCAAUCCUACUCUAGAUUUAGGUCGAUAUAAGAGAUUACGGGUAAGUCUAGCAUGUUUUUUUGCCAGAUAAACAUGUAAAUUGCUUUCUGUAUAUUUGCCCUCUGGUGACUGGAAUCGGUAGUGAUUGAAAUAGGAAAAGUAAUCUAGGGAGAAUGUUCAUUUUUACUGAGUGUAGGUGCCCUAUCCAUGAGAUUGGUUAUCUAUCCAUCUCUCGAGGUCUCCUGUGAGAGUGUUAAAAAGUAGAGUGUAAUUACUUUUGACUAGGGAGGCGGGGUUGGCAGUGAGGCGAAUACCCAGGUACAUAAAUGCUUCUGUUGCAAUUUUAAGGUGAAACGUCUGUUGGAUGGCUGCCAUGUCCAGGACCGAGAGGUGGAAGGGCAUAGCCACGAAUUUCGUUAAAUUGACUUUAUAGCCUAAAACGUUACCGUAUUCAUUCAGUAGUGUUUCGAGUGUAGUUAUCAAUCGCAUUGGGUCUGUAAUAGUCAGGAGCACGUCAUCUGCGUAUGCCGAGAGCUUGAAUUGUUGGUGUGUGAUUUCUAAACUAGUGUUCCAUUUCCAGGCCCAAUUCGAAUUGUAUUGUAGUUUUACAAUUUAGUGUUUUUUAACCUAUGAAAAGCCUAUGAAAAUCAUGAAAUCAUUUGUAGAAUGUUGCUGUAUAACAAGUAUUUUUAAUUUUGUUUCAUAUGCUACCAUCUAAUAUCUAAUUUAGGUUUGCAUAAAUUAAUUUGUAUGGAAUCAAAUCAGGCAAUAUGGUAAAGUUCAUUCAAUUUAAUGACUAUUAUCAUCAAUAUUUGAAAAUUGAGUAUUCAUAAAAUAUAGUGCAUGUUGCAGAAUUAGAACUUAUUCUGCCUAUAUUUUAAUUAUUAGAAAUAACUAAAUUGAAGACGGGGAAUGCUGGGGUUGGCUCCAAUGCAUUUCACACCCUGGUACCCAUUCACAUGCAACAUUUACCAUAAAAUAGGAUAUAAAAGUGGCACUUAAAAUAAUUAAAUCAAUUCAUAAUACAAACAAUAAAAGACACAUUUACAGUUAUACAUGUAUAUUAACAGGGUUGUUUACCAAAGUGAGAAUUCAAAGUGAAUUUCAAAUUUAAGGCCAGAAUUAUGUGCUAUUCAGUUUAAGUGUACUAAGCAAUUCUUCUUAUGAGAGCAUUUUAUUAAUUUCAAAAUAAUUCCUUAAACUGUGAACUUAUAGAUAAUUCACUUUUGUGGGUAUAGACCCCCACAUUACAUAUUUCACUUCCUUAUGUCCCCAACUGCCAUGAGGGAGAAUGUGAAGGCAUGUCUACUAAAAGUUUAAAACUAAUGACUUGACAGCUCUUGUUUGCCAGUCGCUAGAAAAGGUCCCAUUUUAUCAAUACGGCUCCAUACUAAUCAGCUUGUAAACCAGAGCACUCUGAUAGAAAAGUUUUGAGAGAAGUGAGACUUGACUCUUAGAGUGCUCUUACUCUUACAUAGUGUCAGAAAGCCACUAUGAAAGCUCAGUCUGUGCAAAGCCCCGUGGGGUGGAGAUGAAUUCAUUUUAUUGCGUCUCGUUGAAUUUUUCCAUCCGUUUUUUGGGGGGUUUUUUAUGUUUUUUUGGGGGUUUUUUUGUCAGGAUUUGUGCAUUUUUAUUUGGACUUUGAUAGUAAGUAUAACUUAUUUUAUUGUUUUAGCAGAUAUUAGUUUUAUUGGAGACCUGCCCUGUUCAUUUGCUAAUUACCCUCUUUCACCCCAUGAAUUGUUUAGUGUAUAUACUAUAUUUUAACAUUGUACAUGGCAAAUUUCUCAUUAUCCAGAUUCAGGAGGUCCAGGGAAUAGCUCAGGAGGCAAAGGCUCAGAGUGAGUUAACACUGAACAAAGCAGAGGACGCCAAACGGAGAAUGGAGGAUUCCACAGAUAAACUGCGGCAAUUUAUAAAGAAGAUAAAAGAUUUCCUGACUG